ACCGCUUUCUCGUGCAUGUCUGGUUCAAGCUCAAAAUGUCUCAAGCCGAUAAAAUGAAGCAGGGACAGUUUACAAACCCGGAGACUCCUGGGUAUGUGGGAUUUGCGAAUUUGCCAAAUCAAGUACAUCGGAAAUCAGUGAAAAAGGGCUUUGAGUUCACUCUCAUGGUGGUGGGUGAGUCUGGUUUGGGGAAGUCCACUCUGAUCAACAGUUUGUUCCUCACUGAUCUCUACCCAGAGAGGAUCAUUCCUGGUGCUGCAGGUGAGAGUUUCAACACUGAGGAAUUUACAUCAGAUGUUCAGAUUCUUAUCAAAAUGUGGUUUGAUGUUUAUGAGGCAGUUUUGCACAGAAG